ACGCCAGCUUCGACAACGAAGCUUAAUAAGGCAUUUAUGAACAUUGUAGAGGAGAAUCCUAAUCUCAUUUGGAUGUGCAACGAAUGCGCGAAAUUGAUGAAGAUGAUGCGAUUCAAAUCAACCGUCACGUCACUCGGAAAUGCAAUUAACGCCAUCACCGAAAAGCAAGAGACCGUGCAUGCCGAAAUACAAAAACAGCUGACCAAACAGGGUCAACAGAUUGCCCAACUGUCUAGACGAAUAGCUCUAUCUUCUCCUUGUCGUCAAGAUCCUGAUCGUGUCCUUCGUGGACCCCCUCCGAAAAGGCGCCGCGACGAUGAUUCGGCCGGCAACAAGCCGCUCCUUGGGGGCAUCAAGAUCGCGGACACUAAUGUUAUCACCGUUCCUGAACCUGUUGAGUUCUGGGUGUUCUGGGUGUAUCUCUCGCGGAUUCAUCCUAGCGUCCAACCAGAUGCUAUCGAAAAGUUGGUGAAAGAUUGUUUGCAGAGCGAAGACAAUGUCAAGGCUAUUCCGCUUGUGAAAAAAGAAGUUGACACUAGCCGUUUGAACCUUAUUUCGUACAAGGUCGGAGUUGACCCGAAGUUCCGUGACGCUGCAUUGAAUGUUGCAACGUGGCCUAAAGGAAUCCUGUUUCGCGAAUUCGAGGAUCUGAGUGCAAAAAACUUGUGGCUGCCCCGUCAGAAUACACCCACCCUCUUGGUCCCUCAAGAAACCGGAACACCAUUUUCGACGCCGAUUACCGAUGUGGACCUAACGUGUUAACUCUAACGAAUACACCAUCCAGCAAACCAGAACGCACUGCCUGUCGCAUUAGGGGAGCCCCUGAUCCUCUCGACCCAGUCGCGCAUGCAGUUUCCAGCCAUCGGAGUCGUUCUGGUCCUGUUGUCGAGAUUGGUGACGGGGUCUCCCAACCUUCUUCCCCAGGCAAGUAUGCAUUUAUUAGUGACAGUUUGUCGCCUGAUCGAACUCCGUGUUCCAGUGAUUCCCCCGAACCUGUUGAGGAUCUCAGCUCCGUCGGUCGAACCAACAGCGAGCAACUACCCUCCUCUCUCAUCCAGCAACGUUUCAACUGCACCAUCCCACUGACUCUACAGCCAGGACGCAUCGUAGACAGUCUUUUGGAAGCCCCUGAUUCCUCUAGCUCAGUCGCGUUCAAUCCUGCCAGCGUUCAUCACAGCCGCCCUGGUCCUGCAGCUAGAUGUGGAUUAGGGGUCUUCCGAGCUGCGACCUCCGGCAAGUACUGUGGACCCUGCUAACUCCAAUCCCGACGACGAUGAUCAGCUCUCCUUUCUCGGCUACCCGGAACGCACCGUAGAAAGCCUCAUGGAAGCCCUCAAUCCCUCCGACCCAGUCCUGCCAUGCGCUGCCCUCGUUCAUCAUAGUCGUUCCGGUCCUGUGGUCGGAUGCGGCGAGAGGGUCUUCCAACAACCUGACUACGGCGAGUAUCCUUGUCUAUCAGAAAGUUACCAGUCACUGGCUACUGUACAAACAACUUCCAGGACACCCGGAGAUGCUGCUACGACGCGAAAAGAGGACAUGGUUGUGUACUACAUACCAGAAUGUCGGCGGCUUGAAUACAAGUGUCGAAGAUUACCGCUUGGCCGUUUCGGACGGCUGCUACGACAUUAUUGUGCUCAUCGAGACCUGGCUGGACUCUCGUACGCUUUCAAGUCAAGUAUUCGGAUCCGACUAUGAGGUGUUUCGCUGCGAUCGCAACUCUAAUAAUAGCAGUAAAUCUUCCGGAGGUGGCGUGCUGGUAGCUGUUCGUUCCGGAUUGAAGGCCAAAGCGAUCGUCAACGACUCCUGGACCUGCUUGGAGCAAGUAUGGAUCUCCGUCAAGAUGAUCGACCGUACAUUAUUUCUAUGCUCGCUGUACAUACCUCCUGAUAGGGUUCGGGACACUGAACUUAUCGAAACUCACUGCCAGUCUGUGUUCACCAUUCUGGAUACCGCCCUUCCUACUGACGAUGUCCUUGUAGUGGGCGACUUCAAUCUUGCUGGAAUCUCUUGGAGGCCAUCACAUAGCGGCUUCCUCUGUGUCGAUUCGGAACACUCGCAGCUUCAUUCUGGCGCAAUAAGCAUUUUAGACAGUUAUAGCGCAGCUACGCUCACUCAAUUCAAUCACGUGUUGAAUGAAAAUGGACGAACCUUGGAUCUAUGUUUCGUGAGCACUCGAGAUCAGGCACCUUACACUGCAGUGGCACCCUGUGCGCUGGUCAAAGACGUUCCUCAUCAUCCUCCCUUGAUUAUCAACGUGGAAAAUUCGCUUGUCCAUGACUUCGAAGAUGCCGUUGCCUCCGUAUCUUACGACUUCCGGAGGGCCGAUCAUCGUAGCAUUGCUGAGGUGUUGACAAGUAUUGACUGGGAACACGUUCUCGACCCGGGCGAUGUUGAGACAGCCGCACUCACCUUUUCAAAUAUCCUGGCAUACGUCGUAGACAGGCACGUCCCUAAAAGGAUACAAAGCAAAGCUUCUCGGUCUCCCUGGCAGACCAGCGAACUACGAAAGAUGAAGACGAUUAAGAGAGCAGCCCUGAGACAGCUCACCAAACACCGCACGCUUGCUCUGAGAAACCACUACGUGAGGCUCAACCAUGAAUACCAGCGAACCAGUCGCCAAUGCUUCUAAAGGUACCAGCGUGAUAUUCAGCUCAAAUUCAAAUCUCAUCCGAAAUCUUUCUGGAAGUAUGUCAACCAACAACGUAAGGAAUCCGGACUUCCCGCAACAAUGCAGUGGAAUGGAGUAUCAGCUUCCACUCCUCGGGACAUUUGUCGGUUGUUUGCCGAGAAAUUUGCUAGCGUGUUCAAUGAAGAGAGCUUAAACGCCGACGAAGUUUCUAUCGCCGCUAGAAAUGUUCCUCCAAAUGGCCAAAUGUUCAGUUCCAUUCAUGUCAACGAUGGUAUGAUCUCCAGGGCCGCAUCGCAACUCAAAUCAUCCAAAAGUCCUGGACCGGACGGCAUUCCAUCGGCAUUCCUAAAAAAACACAUCUCCUGUUUACUAGAUCCACUUCAACGCCUCUACCGCAUGUCACUCUCCAGCGGCGUAUUCCCUUCCUGCUGGAAACUCGCUCAUAUGUAUCCUGUACACAAAAAAGGAAGCAAACGUGACGUGGAUAACUAUCGUGGAAUUACUUCAUUGACUGCCAUCUCCAAGCUGUUCGAGCUCAUCAUCAUGGAGCCUUUGCUCUCACAUUGCAAACAUGUUUUGAGCCCUGACCAACACGGGUUCACUGCUGGUCGCUCCACUUCCACGAAUCUGCUUUGCCUCACUUCACACAUCACUCAGAGUAUGAUCGAACGUGCUCAGACCGAUGUUAUCUACACUGACUUGUCAGCAGCCUUCGACAAGCUGAACCACGCCAUUGCGAUCGCAAAACUCGAUAGGUACGGCAUUGGCGGGAGUCUCCUAGCUUGGUUCCGCUCAUAUCUAACCGACCGUCAGCUGAUUGUGACCAUAGGUGACUGCAAAUCGAACUGCUUUAACGCUACCUCCGGCAUACCACAAGGAAGUCAUCUUGGUCCAUUAAUCUUCCUGCUCUAUUUUAACGACGUCAAUUUCGUGAUUGAAGGCCCUCGGUUGUCGUAUGCCGAUGACAUGAAGAUCUUUCUUCGGAAUCACUCAACUGAUGAUUGCGUCUUCUUGCAACAGCAGGUCACGCGUUUUGCUAACUGGUGCUCAUUGAACCGAAUGAUUGUAAAUCCAACGAAGUGCUCUAUUAUUACGUUCUCACGAAAGUAGCAGCCGAUUAUCUUCGUAUACAGCAUGCUAGGCACAGCUCUCGAACGUGUGCACCAUGUCAAGGACUUGGGAGUCAUUUUGGAUUCGACGUUGACAUUUAGGCAACAUAUCUCGUACAUUGUAGAAAAAUCGUCCAAGACCCUAGGGUUCAUCUUCAGAAUAGCCAAAAACUUUUCUGAUGUCUAUUGCCUGAAAUCUUUGUACUGCUCCCUCGUGCGCUCUACGUUAGAGUACUGCUCUACAGUUUGGAGUCCCGGGUACAACAAUGGCGUCGAGAGGAUUGAAUCUGUCCAGCGACGCUUUCUCCGGUUUGCUGUACGACGGCUGCCUUGGAGAGACCCGUUCCGAUUACCCAGUUACGAGAGCAGAUGCCAACUGAUCGAUCUAGAUCUACUGCGUACAAGGAGGGAUGCCGCCAGAGCAUUGACGAUCGCUGAUACGUUACAGGGACGAAUAGAUUGCGGAGCGUUGCUGGAACAAAUCGACGUAAAUGUCCAGCCGCGAUCACUCCGCAAUAGCAUCAUGCUGAGACUACCACUUCGACGAACUAACUAUGGACUACAUGGAGCUUUUGGGGGCUUGAUGCGCGUUUUCAAUAGGGUGGCGUCAUUCUUCGACUUCCACUUGACACGCAACGCACUACGUCGUAGUUUUUUUUGUCUUUUUUUAGCAACAGAAAUAACUGACGAAUUCAUUGUUAUGUACCUUAGUUUAAGUUUCAAUACCUUGACUGCGCUAUUAUGUUCCAACUUGUUUGUGUUUGACCUUUGAAUUUGUUUUCUAAUAUUAUUGUUAUCAUAAUUAUUAUUAUUAUUUUUAAACCAUCAUUGGGGCUCUAGUAAGCCUGUUGAU